CUUCUGGUAUUUUGGAUUGGAAGUAUUGUAUUGAUAAUGCUGGCAAUAUUUGGAUUGCACGAUUAUAAAAGAGAAACGUUACCAAACGACACUAUAGUGUAUUUACAUCAUACGUUAUCUCCAUUUGCUUUUACUGUGGCUACCGCAUGGAUUUCUGUUGCAUGCAUUACGGGAUAUGGUGGUAUCUGUAAUCGAAUUUUUUCAUUGCGAAUAUUUUGUGUGUUGGAUAAAUUAAUUAUUUGGAUCUACAUGCUUCAUCCACUAGUUUUAAUGUAUAUUUAUGGUCAUUUACGGAAAGGUCUUUACGCAUCAGCAAUAACGAUGGACUGAUUAUCCCAGAGAUCCUUUUUCCUGUAUAAGUCUAUAUUCUAUUCAACAAAAAUUGAUAAGUAAAGAAAAAAACGAAUUUCCGAAAUUUUAGAUAGUGGGAAAUUGAAAUUAAGAAGGUGAGAAAAUAUUCCUUUAAUAUAUUGUCACGAAUGAGUAUGAUUUAUUAAUUAAGUUACGUGACCCGGAAAUCAUACAUGUUAAAUAAAUACCCUUUACUUAAAGUAAGCUAGAAAUCAAGCACUUAUGUCCUUAGAUGUUAAGAGGAAUAUGGAAGACUUUCUGAUCAUUUUAUGAAACCUGAUAAAAAUUUAUAACAUAAAGAUAAGUCUAAAAUUAAAUGUAAUUUUUUGUAUUUUAUACGGAAGCGUUAUAACAA